CUGACUGCGAACGUUGGUGAUCUUCGGUUUCCUCGAUCGCUUAGCCUCGCUACUCAAUCAUACCGGGCUAUUGCCUACAGCGGCAUUCACAAACGUUCUUCUGAUGAGCGUCGUGAGUAAUACAGAAAUUGCUUUACUGUUUCAUUUUAUUGAUUUAACUGGUUGAUAAUGGCAGGCUACUGUAAAUGCGGCAAUUAUUCGAAGAAUAAAUAACGCUUCAUUUUUAAAUAGUCAAUCGUUGCUCGGACAAUAAUUUUUCCAGCCUACAAGUAAAUACACUUGUAACAAGCCAAGGUGGAAGCGAAACGUCUAUGCCCCCGAAUCCUCAAUGCCUAGUUCAUUUUCAGCGUUUUUGUUUUGAUUUGCUUGGUUCACUCACACAGAAAUUCGUGUGCAACAUGAAGUGCUUAAUAAAUCCCAUAUCCGGCAUUGCCGUUUUUUUGUCUGCCGGACUGACUGCUGCAUUUCGUGCUGCUAACUUUGAAAUGGACCGUAAGUGCGGUCAGACCGUAGAGCUGGGCUGCCCCUAUGAAAAAGACUUCAUCUCGUCCGGGACACUGCGCUACGGCACUUUUCCGACCGGCAACUGCACCGUCCACAUCGCCACGAACAUCAGUGCUGUUAACUGCCGAGUUCUGCCAACGUGGUAUAUGAAUAUCAGGAAAUCGAACAUCCCUGAAAGCGCCUCCCUGCACAUCCUCCGGACGAACAACGGCACGGAUUGGACUACGGCGAAGAUCAUCCCCGGCGGUCCAAGUCCAGCCAACUCGUAUCCCACUUCCGUGGCCCAGCUGAAAACCCGGAUCUCCUCACAAAAGACACAGCUGAGAUUUCUGUACGUUGGCGAUGGAAGUCGUCAUGAAACGAACUCUAGUCAUUACGAACUGGAGAUUGACUACACCGUACUGAGCGAUAACUAUGGCACGAUUGAAGUAUGGUGUAAAGCGCUGGGCGCUUCCGUUCUAUCUGAUGUCGUCUGCAGAGAAGAUGAUCGUCUGACAUGCCCCAGCGACUACUACGACACCGUCAAUCGGAAUCCAGCCACUGGAUUCGGUGCUUGCGGCUUGAACAGUCCUGAUAUCUUUGGCAUCGCCAUCGGCUGCGCAUUUGGUGUGCUAUUUUUCAUCAUUUUCGGUAUUAUCUGGUACAAGAGAAAGGACUGUUUUCUCUGUCUGCCCAAGAAUCGUUAACACGACAAAAAUAGCUGGAUUUUGCUGCCGUAUCAACACGACUUUCAUCUGUAUUCUGCACAUCGCACCUAAUUAUGAGUUAACGCUGAACAGUUCAGUUACAGAGUACACCUUCGGUUGUUACUGUCUGUUAUGUAUUUUGGGUUUUAUUAUAUUUUUUCAGAUUUUUUUGCUUCUUUGGUCUCAAUUUAAUUCAUUGAACAUCCACUGUCCACCGCCGGCUACAGGCAUCGGCUUAAUAUAUUAUUGUAAUGAUUG